AUGGCGGCCGUGAGAAAAAUAAUCGAGGCCAAUAAAAAUAAAACCUUGUUGCCAUCUCUUCUCGCUUUUCGCCGAGGAAUUGCUUACAAGCUUUUCGUUGGAGGACUGUCCUUCUACACUACAGAGAAAGCAUUAUCAGAUGCAUUUUCCAAUUACGGGCAAGUUGUUGAAGCUAAAAUUGUAUCAGAUAGGGUGUCAGACAGAUCUAAGGGAUUUGGGUUUGUCACCUUUGCUUCAGCAGACGAGGCUGAGAAUGCCAUAGCAGAAAUGACAGGAAAGACAUUAAAUGGACGUGUUAUCUUUGUUGAUUAUGCAAAACCCAAUAUCAACACUGGUGGUGGAAUGCCAAUUGCUAGAGGACCUCCUGAACCAACACCAGAAACUUGA